UUAAAAUGUGUAAGCUUGGUUUCACCUAAUUCUCUUUUUAAACGAAUUUUUUGGGAACGUAUCUAUCGUGUAAAAAGAGAAUUAAAGAAAAUUGUAUUACUCACGUACACAUUUACUUAUGCAACGUCACCUUGAACUGUCUCAUGAGAAUAAUAGAAAAUCGAAUGAAAAAUGCUCGGUCUCCAUUGCGAUUGAAACUUUUUGGCGUUGCUCAUUCUUCACUAAAAUGACGCGUAUACGAAUCUUGACUUCGAGGAAAAUAAUGAUCAGGAGACAUUCACGUACAUAGCUUAGAGUGGAACAGACUAUUGCGUUUUGAGACCUAGAAGGUAUCAGAAGACGGAAUCUGACUUAUCCAGCCACGGACUAUAUAUAUAUAUAUAGUUGGCGGAGCUCCUCCUAUUUGUGCUGUGCGUCUUAAUCUUGUUCCGCAAAAUGGAGGGACCUACAGAUUCAAGCCGACUCCGAACGGCAAUAUAAUUUAUAAGAAGCUUUUUCAUGACAGAAAUACACUCGGAGGUAUGCAAUUGCCUGCCGAGGGGCGACUGCUAUUAGAAAAAUGCUGUUCUUAAUUUUGGUGUUUCACCGAGAUUCGAACCUACGUUCUCUCUGUGAAUCCCGAAUGGAAGUCACGCACCAACCCAUUCGGCUACGGCGACCGCCAACUAGCCAGCCGCAGACUACAGUAACAAAAACUCCCUAACCCAACAACAACUACUGCUAUGACAAUAAAUUAAAACUUUUGAAGCUGCUUAUUUUGUAUUGGUGGUCCUUAAACCAUUUUUUGAAUUUUUCUACAGCACGCGAGCCCCCAGGAAAAUGCGGGUCUGAAACGAAAUGUCUCCGAAGCGGUGUCCUCCUUUUGUUUGGCCUAUGCGUAUGUACUUUAUUGUUGAAAUUCACUUGACAGUGUUUUCUUGACCUAGACUAUCUUUAGGGGUAUUUCUUCAUUUGUUUUUUUUUUUGUGGUACUUCUGAUUUUCUACCCUUGAUUUGAAUAUUAUUUUAGCAGAUAUUAGUACACAUGUAUAACACGUAUAAUAUAUUCGUGAAUGCAAGAAUUUUCGCUUCUAAUUAUCACAUACCUAAACCUAAUUGAGGUGUGAAAAAUUUAAGAAAUAUAUGUACAUACAUACAGGUAACCCUCCUAUAACGCGGUACUUCUAUAGCGCGAUUUCGCUACAACGCGGUUUGCGAAUUGCGGAAUGUUUCUUAUAACGCGACUCCUACAACGCGAUUUUUAAGCAUUUUUUAAAUACAUAUUCUAUAAACUGUAUUCUAUAAACACACAAUUAUCAAAAAUUACUUGUGUAUAUGUGUAUAUCUAUUAUUCGUAGUCUCAUAAAGAAAUAAUAAUAUGUUUGUAUUAUACAUAUGUACAUACUAAAAGUGUUUGAAUGUUUGUAUGCACUAUGGAAUUUUGCAAACCGCAAUUUUUUCAAACAUUUACACACACGUUUUUAGAUAAAACAAGGGGUUUCCCCGAAAAUUAACUCUUGAGCACUGUUGCCAACUCCCUCUGAGUAACGAGAGCUAAAACACCUCAAAAAAAGAGCUAAAAAGAGCUAAAAAGAGCUAGAAAAUUUAAAAAAAAGAGCUAAACAAAGAGCUAAGAGCUAAAAAAAAUAUUUGAGAGCUAACGAGCAAAAAAAAGAGCUAGAUCUAGCUCUGAAAGAGCUAAAUUGGCAACAGUGCUCUUGAGAAUGUUUUUGGAAAUUUGAUUUGGUUUAGUCAUUCACAGUAAGUCGUGAAGAGGAGUUGAAACAAAUUUUAAAACGUUUGUGAAACCAUUUUUCGUAUAAUAAUAAUUUUGUAAAAAUCAAGAUAAAUAGAUUUUAUAAUCGGUGAGUUUCUGUUAAACUUUUUUUAUAACUUAAAUUAAUUAAUUUGUAAUUUAGGCCAUAAAAAUGCCAAAAGCAAAGGAAAACGCAUCAUUAAAACGAAAGUUUAUCACGAUUGAAACCAAAAUUCAAAUUUUGAAUCGGAUUCAAAAUCAAGAGAGAAUAGCUGAUGUUGCUAGACAUUUUAAAUUAAACGAGUCCACGAUAAGAACCAUAAAAAAAACGAAGAUAAAAUUAGAAAUUCGGUAUCAUUCGGAUCAUCGGUCCUCGCAAAAAUCACUUCUCGGCCAAGGACGAAGAUAAUAGAAAAAAUGGAACAAUCGCUAACGGUAUGGAUAGAAGAUAUGACGCAAAAGCGGUUGCCUUUGGAUGGGAAUAUAAUUAAACAGAAAGCAUUAAAAAUAUUCAAUUAUUUAAAGGAAACAGGACAAUCAACAACCGACGAAGAUAACCACCAAUUCGUGGCUAGCAAAGGUUGGUUUGAAAAGUUCAAAAAACGGCAUGCUCUACACAAUUUGAAAAUUCAGGGUGAAACAGCAUCCGCAGAUGCUGAUGCGGCGAAUAAAUAUCCUGAACAGUUCAUAAAAAUUAUUGAAGAACAUGGUUAUUUGCCAGAUCAAAUAUUUAACGCUGAUGAGACAGGUUUGUGGUGGAAAAAAAUGCCAUCAAGAACUUUUAUUUCGAGGAACGAAAGAGGAGCUCCUGGCUUUAAGGUUUCUAAGGACCGAAUAACAUUGUUACUUUGCAGUAAUGCAUCUGGUGAUUUUAUAACAAAACCAAUGUUUAUUAACAAGUCAUUAAAUCCACGUUGCAUGAAAGGAAACAAUAAAAACAAUCUUCCAGUGUAUUGGAGAGCGAACAAAAAAGCAUGGAUGACUGCCAAACUAUUUAAUGAUUGGUUCUAUCAUUGCUUUGUUCCCGACGUAGAAAACUAUCCAAAAAAAAAGAACUUGGCAUUUAAAGUUUUGCUACUUUUAGAUAAUGCACCAGCUCAUGCAACUGAUUUAAGUCAUCCAAAUAUUCAAGUUGAGUUUUUACCGCCCAAUACUACAUCAAUAUUACAACCUUUACAUCAAGGAAUAAUAUCAACCUUUAAAGCAUACUACAUACGCAAAUCAUUUGAAUUAAUAUUAGAGAAGAUAGAAUCAUUGAAUAUAACGGUCAAAGAAGUCUGGAAACAGUUCUCAAUUUUAGAUUGCUGUGAAAUCGUCGGCAAAUCACUCAAAGACAUUCGUCAAUCAACACUGAGAGCUUGCUGGAAAGCACUUUUGCUAGAGGUUGUAGUACAGGAAACUGUUGUUAAUCUCGUUGAGGAUGAAUAUGAAAACGUAGUGAGACUGGCAAACGUAAUAAAAGGCGAUGGAUUUGACGAAAUAAAUGUGGCUGAUAUUCGAGAAUUAGUUGUGGACGACGAAUUAAAUAAAGUAGAUUUAGCAGCAAUGACAAGUGAAGCAUUAUCGAUUGAAGAAAGCUCUGACGACCUCUCUGACACCGAAAUCAAAAACUUUUCGCUAAAAAGUGUGGAGAAACUUUUAAAUCUGGCGAAGGAGUUGGAAGAUUAUGUUUUGGAAAACGAUCCUCUAAAUAGUAGAGCAGAAAUGUUCAAAAGAAAUCUUGAACAUGAUUUAUCUGCCUACCAGGAAAUCUAUAAAGAUUUACGAAGUAGGACAAAGCAGACAUCAAUAAAAGAUUUUUUAAGACCAGCAAUAAUAGCUGAACCGGAUCGAUGUGAUAGUGGGUCAAGCUCGGAUUUUGAAAUACUACGACCAAGAGCAAAACGUUUGAAGCAAAUUAUAAUAAGCGAGGACGAGGAAGCGGAUUUGUAGAAGGUUGAGAUUUAAAAUCCUCUGAAAUAUGUAGAUUUGAAGAUCCGUGUCUAUUUUUCCCAGAUUUUAUUUUCCUUAGUUUUAUGUUAUUUAAAUAAAUGAAUUGCUUUUUGCUGGUUAA